CGGCAAGUCUUGCGCAGCCAUGAGCUGAAGCGUUCAUGCAACGUGAGGUUCCGUGGUUUGCUGUGUCUUGGAAACGAGGAUGGCUUUGAACAAAUCCAUGCACCCCAGAAACCGAUACAAAGACAAGCCUCCGGACUUCGCCUACUUGGCCUCCAAGUACCCGGAAUUUCAUCAGCACGUUCACACAAACCUCACCGGGCGAGUAGGGCUGAACUUUAAGGACCCGGAGGCGGUGCGGGCCCUGACCUGCACCCUGCUGAAGGAGGAUUUUGGACUGACCAUUGAGAUCCCCCUGGAGCGCCUCAUUCCCACUGUCCCGCUGCGGCUCAACUACAUCCACUGGGUGGAGGACCUGAUCGGGGGGGCGGGGGACGGAGCCCCACGCAGGGGCAUUGAUAUAGGGACUGGAGCGUCCUGUAUUUACCCCCUGCUGGGUGCAACCAUGAACGGCUGGUUCUUCCUGGCCACAGAGGUGGAUGAUAUCUGCUUUAACUACGCCAAGAAGAACGUGGAGCAGAACGGCCUGUCUGACCUCAUCAAAGUGGUGAAGGUUCCUCAGAAGACCCUGCUCAUGGACGCGCUGAAAGAGGAGUCGGCCAUGGUGUACGACUUCUGCAUGUGCAACCCGCCCUUCUUUGCUAACCAGCUGGAAGCAAAGGGGGUGAACUCGAGGAACGCGCACCGCCCUCCCCCGAGCUCUGUGAACACGGGGGGUGUGACCGAGAUCAUGGCGGAAGGGGGGGAGCUGGAGUUCGUGAAGAGGAUCAUUCACGACAGCCUGCAGCUGAAGAAGAGGCUAAGGUGGUACAGCUGCAUGCUGGGAAAGAAGUGCAGCCUGACACCUUUGAAGGAGGAGCUGAGAAAACAAGGGGUGCCCAAGGUGACCCACACGGAGUUCUGCCAGGGCCGCACCAUGCGCUGGGCACUGGCGUGGAGCUUCUACGAUGACGUGACCGUGCCGUCCCCGCCCUCUAAAAAGCGGAAGUUGGAGAAGGUGCGCAAGCCGCUGUCCUUCAUGGUGCUGCAGCCCACGCUGAAGCUGCUGAAGGCCAAGGUGUCUGAGACCGCCAGCCCCGCUCACAACAACGUCGAACUCAUCACCACCUGGAUGGAGAAGACACUCACAGACCUGCGGGUGUUGCACAAACGUGUGCCGAGCGGGACGGCAGAGCUCAGCCUUUUCCUGACGGCCAUGGAGAAUUCCUGGAUCCACAUCCGACAGCGGCGGCGUGACCACGGGCGACAGCUACGAGAGCUCCCCAGAGCGCCCCCCGAUGGAGGCAGCGCUGCACUGCAGCCAGCGGAGACAGCCCAGCCCGCACAGGACGCGGACUCACAUGCGGCAGCGCAGGGGUCAGAGGUCGCGGAGUCAGGGGAAGGCGCCGCGGAAUCCCGGGGGAGCGAGGGGAAGGAAGCAGACAGCAUCCUGGGACAGGAGCAAGAGAGCGGGAUGGCCGUCUCCAGCACAGCCCCUGCAACGCAGGAAGCAGCCCCCCCCGCCGCCCGCCCCUCCAGCCCCGGCGCCGCCCAGCACUUCCUGUUCAAGUGUCUGGUGAAGACGCAGGAGAACGAGGGCGAUGUAAGCGUAGAGAUGCACUGGGUGGAGGGGCAGAACAGGGACCUGAUGAACCAGCUCUGUACCUACCUGAAGAACACCCUCCACCGGCAGGCCUCCAGCCCCCCAUAAAGCCCCCCCACCCACAUGACCUGGUUACCUUUGACCUUUCAGUCUGUUGGUCUGCCUCCCCCCUGUUUCAAAGACUGAGAGCUAUGUUUGUAUCGGGAGUUGCA